AUGAGUUCCAGUUCGGACCCUUUAUCGGUCCUGCGCUCGGUGCUCAGUUCGGACCCUUCCUCGCGCAUCACCUACCUCGACGCGAGCUCGAGCCCGACCACCUCGCUCUCCUCCGCGACCCAGCUCGUCCUCCCCUCCUCCCCCCCUACGACCUUUUCCAAAGCGAUCCCGACCCGCUUCACUUGCGCCUCCACCACCACCACCACCUACGACCUCGCCACCUUGGUCUUUGCCUGGCUCUCGCGCGAGCAAGGUGUAGGAGAAUACCUCAAGAACGCACGCGAUGAACAAGUUGGCUUCGUCGCUAUCACCGAUCGAAGGAUCGUAUUGGAUUACUUGGCGGGCAAGGUUGGGGGGGGGAAGCGGGAGGGAGGAUACUGAAAGAGGGGAGCGGUGGGCAGGACGUCGUCGUCGUCGCCGAGGAGGGCAAGACGUCUGGCGAAGCGACUACGACUGCCGCAUCAGCGACCACUUCCGCGUCUACCACCACUCGACCUACUCUACCCACAAGCUCAACCACCACAACAACAACCACCCAAGAUAAUCGACCUUUGAAGAGACCGGCCUACCAAACCGACCAGCAAGACUUUGAACGCGUGAAACGACUGAUGCAGAUCGUACAGGGUCCCGUGUACGCCAACAUCGCACCGGACAACUCCAGCCUCGAACCGACCGGGUUCGCCAUCAAGAACAGAGAGACCGUGUUGAGGGGGGAGAGGACCAAUGUGAGCCAGCGCCGAGCCAGCGCCGAGCCAGGGUGGAGCCAGCAUGGGGCCAGCGUGGGGUGAACUGCUUCUCUGUGGGAAGGGGCUAAUCAUCUCUUUCUGUGUUGAUUCCAGAACUUUGAAUCCGUACUCACCCUCCUAGCCCCCCGUCUGAAACUCAUCAAAGACAACCACUUCGAAGCUCGACCCUCGGCUUCGACCUCCACCUCCACGACCCCAGCACCAGGAACGACCUCUUCAUCGUCGGGCAAGAACAGGCGCAAGGCCUUGAACCCCAUCAUCAUGCUUUCACCAAGCGAGACCGCGCUGUUGAAUCUAUACAACAUCAAGGCAUUCUUGGAGAGGGCGCAGUACAUUUUUUAUCGGGGCAACGCAUGGCUCUAGUGAUCAGUAAAAAACUUACUCCCCUCCCACCCACUCAGAUACGUCGAACCCUCGAAAGCUAAACUCGACGCCGGCGGCGAAGAAACCGACAUGGUCAUAGUGCAUCAUGCACGCGCCAGUUCCACCAUCGCCUCCAGUGUCGAAUCCCGGAAUGGCUGGACGAACGAUCCGAACGCCGCGUUGAGAGGUGGGGCAGGAGGGGCGAGGUAUUUCGUCGUGAAUUCGGUCGAGGCGUUGGCCAAGUUUGGAUCGUUGGAUGAUGCUUGGUUCGUGCAAAACAAAUUUCAGACAAAGAUGUGGAAAGGCUCUUGGGGACGGGGCGGGAAGGCGCUGACGUGUUGGUCGUUUGUGCUGGCUUGGAACAGGGAUCGAGUCGUGUGCGUGAUGACCACAGGACAAGAAUGGCAGUUCCGCCCUUACAAAUGGCGCGAACCGAAAGAACUGUUCCAUCACGGUACGUCCCUCUAUUCGUCCCUACUUUCACACCGUCAAGCACAAGCCCAUCCCGAAACGUGCCUUGGAAUUCACAGUCAAGGGCGUGUUCGUGCAAUACACCCACGAAGCGCCGAACCCCAAAGUCCGUUCGUGGAACGUCACUGAGCUACGCGUACGUACUCACCAAAAGAACUCUUCACCCUCUCUGGAACAACCCCAACUAACCGUUCUUCAUGUCCGUCCGAUCUAAAAGGUUGAUCGUAAGAACAGGCACAUUGACAAGUCGACGGUCGCGGAUUUCUGGCGGAGCUUGGACGCGUGGAUCGCCAUGUACAAGCCGCAUUUGCAUGUAUAG